ACGCACCGGAAGUUGUUUGAAGAGCUUCGCUGUGUCGACGCACAAAGAAUAAAAAUACUUUAAUCUGGUGUGUUUCUGUAACAUCCAGAGGAGUUUCCUGCUCAAAUACGAAAUAUUGCAGAUUGCAAUGGGGAGAUGUCGGUCCAGAAGCAGAUCUCAUGAGAUCUCUGUAAGUAGGCGUAGAAAAGAGCAAAGAUCAUCAAAGAAACGUCAAAGAUCUAGCACUUCAUCCUCCAGCUCCAGAACUGCAAGUCCAAGUCCUCGCAAGAAACAUGCACAUGGUUCUAGCAAGAACCAAAGUUCAGAGCGAAUAUCGGAGAAGAAAAAGCAGAAAAGAAAACACCAUUCUUCCUCUUCAUCAAGCAGCUCUUCAUCCUCAUCUUCAUCCAGUGAUGAAGAGGCCAAGAAGAGGAAGCAUAAAAAGGCCAAAAAGAAAUUGAAGAAAAUGAAAGCAAAAGAAAAAAAGAAGCUAAAAAAGGAGAAGAAAAGGCUUAAAAAGAUAAAGAAGUUAGAAGCUAAGGCUGACACAUCAGCAAAUAAAGCUCCACUGAUGAUCUCUGUUCCAGUACCCGUUCAAAUAGAAAAACCCCAGUCAUACUUAGAGACCUGGCAAAGUGAUGAUGCCACUGAACAUGGUCCUGUAAUGACCGAUGAACAGAAGGCCAGUUUUUCCACUAAGAGGCCCCUGACAAAAGAGGAGUAUGAAGCCAGACAAAGUGUCAUCCGGCGAGUUGUUGAUCCCGAGACAGGACGUACAAGGCUUGUAAGAGGAGAUGGUGAAAUUUUGGAAGAGAUUGUCAGCAAGGAGAGGCACAAAGAACUCAAUAAGCAAUCAACCAAGAGAGAUGGCGAUGCAUUCCAGAAGAGACUAGGGAUUAACAGGUAGAGGAACACUUCACUGCUUUGUUGGACAUGUAAAACCUAUAUCCAGAUGGUUUUAAGCCAAAACCCUAAGGAAUCUUAGUUAUAUAUAUUCACUUGAAUCUACAGUAUUUUCAUGGCCUUGAAAAUGUCUAUAAAACGUGUUCCCAUUCUAUUUCUUGAACUGCUUUAAAAAUUGUCUAAAUAUUCCUGUUGUCUAUUUCUUAAGAUUUUUUUUACAGUUGUACAGACUGGAAAAAAAUAAAGGACAAAAUACA